AUGGCUGUCAGGCGACAGGAUAUUUUCUCUUUUAAAGACUCGGAGCUUCCCUGCCACCUGCUUGGCCAACUCAACAUCCUGCGGCAAGAGCGUAUCCUGACUGACGUCCUUCUCUGCACCGAGCACCAGGAGAUCCCCUGCCACAGGAACGUCCUGGUGUCCAGCAGCCCGUACUUUCGUGCCAUGUUCUGCAACAACUUCCUAGAGAGCAGUCAGGCUCGCGUGCAUCUCAAGGGAAUCUCCUCCAGUGUGCUCGCCGGCAUUGUUGACUAUGUUUACACAGGCAGCAUCACCAUCACCAUGGAGAUUGUGCUCCCGCUCAUGCAGGCAGCAUCCAUGCUUCACUACGGAGGUCUCUUUGAGGCCUGCUCCAUGUUCCUCCAGGAGCAGUUGAGUCCUGAGAACUGUCUGAGCAUGAUCCGACUCUCUGAGAUCCUUCACUGUGAGAGUCUGAGGGACAGGGCGAAGGAGAUGGCAGUCAGGUGUUUCUCUGAUGUGGCUGCCACAGAGGAUUUCUGUGAACUGUCUCUUCCAGAGCUCAUGUGCUACCUGGAGGAUGACCGUCUUUGUGCUGAAGAGGAGCAGGUGUUUGAGACCCUCCUGGCAUGGAUUCACCACGACCCAUUUUCUCGACGCGGUGCCAUCCAUGAUCUGUUCAAGAAAGUCCGUCUGCGCUACAUCCAUCCAACCUACCUCUUCCAGUUCAUUGCCAACGACCCCUUGGUGCAGUCCUCCACCCUCUGCACUGAGAUAAUCGACUCGGUUCGUCGCCUCAUGCUCACAGCCAGCACCAAGUGCAGCCGUGAACUGAAACCGCUCUGGACUACGCCAAGACGUUACACUUGCAGAGAAACACUGGUGGUAGUUGGAGGACGCAAGAACAAUGAACAGACUUCACGAGAAGCUCUGCUGUAUGACGAAAGGACUCAUCGUUGGCAGUGGCUGGCCAAGCUCCCUCUGCGCCUGUACAAAGCUGCGUAUGUGUGCAUUCACAGCAUCCUGUAUGUCCUCGGGGGCCUCAGCCUCUGCAUGGCUUCCGGCGACAGCUCAGUCAGUGCCACAGUUUACACACUAUCCCUUAAAACCAACCAGUGGAGGACCGCUGAGCCCAUGCUGGAACCACGAUUUGCCCACCAAAGCGUUUCAUAUCUGCACUUCAUCUUUGUUCUAGGAGGUAUCGGGACUGAUAAGCAAAUCUCCCAGUCAGUAGAAAGGUACAACAGUAUGUUUAAUCAGUGGGAGGCCAUGGCUCCAAUGCCAACAGCUGUGCUUCAUCCAGCUGUUGCAGCCAGUGAUCAGAGGAUCUACGUUUUUGGAGGGGAGGAUGCCAUGCAGAACCCAGUAAGACUCAUUCAGGUGUAUCACAUUUCUCGCAACCUCUGGUCCAGACUGGAGACGAGAACAAUAAAAAACGUUUGUGCUCCAGCUGCUGUCAUAGAGGACAAGAUCUACAUUAUAGGAGGGUAUACUCGACGAAUGAUCGCCUACGAUACCAAAGCCAACAAAUUUGUCAAGUGUGAGAACCUGAAGGAGCGAAGGAUGCACCACAGUGCGACUGUGAUCAACAACAAGCUUUACGUCACCGGUGGACGCAUCCUCAACGGCCACGACGUCAUCGAGGACUCCGACUGCUUCGAGUGCUACGACCCCAAAACGGACGUUUGGACUUCGAAAGGUUCUCUGCCGUACAAGCUGUUUGACCACGGCUCUCUGCCACUUGUUUGUGUUUCCAACAGGCCUAACCCGCCAUGA